AGCUCAUGCGGCUCCACCUCCUCGUCGUCGCCGCGUGCGCCGGCGCGUUUCCGACCUACGUGUCGCGGGAGAAGGACGGGGCCGAGGCCGUGCCGCCGAAGCCGGCCUACUACGCCCACAAAGACCGGUCCUCCCGCGACCGCUUCGCGGCCGUCGCGGCCGGCGCCGCGCCGAAGAAUUUCACGACGCUCGAGGCGCUGGCCUACGCCCAGUUCCGGUCGCCCAUCUGCCACUCCGUCGCCCACGCGCUCGGGCGCCGGGUCUACGCGGAGGCGCGCGGCGCGUUCGCGACGCCCGCGGACCGCCUCGACGCCGCGCUCGCGGCGUGCGAGUACCGCUGCACGGGCGGCUGCCUCCACGGCGCCGUCGCCGCCUACGCCGUCGCCACGCCGGCGACCGUCGACAUCCCUCAGACGUGCGCGCGCGCGAGCAUGCGGAGGAUCCUCCCCUUCGGGGAGUGCGCGCACGCGGCGGGCCACGCGCUCGCGCUGACGCUGUCCGAGGGCGCGGCCUUCGCCGCCUGCGAGGCCCAGCGGCGCGACCCGAGCGUCGCCCACUACUGCGCCGGCGGCGUCAUCAUGGAGCUCGGCGACGGCUUCUUCGGCGGCGCGCGCGCCGUCGGCGACCGGUGCGGGGGCCUCCCGGCGUCCGCGCGCGCGUCCUGCUUCUACUACGGCCUCCGCAAGGAGGCGCUGCGGGACCGGGACCUCGCCAAGGUGCUGCGCCGCCGGUGCCCGGCGCCGCCGGCGGGCGGCGACCGCGGCGCGUACCGGUCCUGCGUCUACGGCGCGGCGUCGGGCCUCGUCAAGGACGGCAUGACGGGCGACCUCGGCGCCCGCGGCGCAAAGUCCUGCGAGCGGCACGUCCCCGCGGCGGACCGGCCCCACUGCGUCGACGGCCUCAUGUUCCGCACGGCCAAGUACGGCAAGGCGGGCAUGGUCGCCGCGACGUGCGCCGCGUUCGCCGACGCCGACCUCGCGGCCCUCUGCCGCGACGUCGCCGACGCGGGCAUGUACACGCGCCGCAAGGACGCCCUCAUGCGCGACUACAUGGACGAGGGCGAGGGCGGCUAAGGGGGCGGAGCGCCGCGACCGCGGGAGCCGGCGGGGCGCGCGCGGGAGGCGGCGGCCGCCCGGCCGAGACCGCCCGAGGCCUCGGGUCGGACCUCGCCAGGAAGGCCGAGUCGUGGGGGGGCAGGCGCCUUCGGCCCGGCCCAGCCGGUGAUUUGGCGAGAAGAAAGGGCAGCUUCGAGUCGUAACUUUUACCGGCGG